UAUGACUUGUCAAAUUAUGAACUGUAUACACAGAAUAAUACUUUACAUGAUGUUAUUCAAUAAUGAAUUUGAUGAGUUAUGGGUUUAUAAGAGAAUAUAUCAAUACAUUAAUAGAACAAUAAUUAAUAUCAUUGUGAAUAUCAUUUUUAAAAAUCGAAAUAUAAAUAUGAAAUAUGUCCCAGCAUAAAGGAUUAUCUACACCACAGAAUAAGUUUCUUGAAACUAUAGUUGCACGCUCAGAUGCAUUACAUGCAAACUUUGUACUUGGUAAUGCACAAAGAAAGUAUUAUCCUAUUGUUUAUUGUUCUGAUGGAUUUUUACUGUUAACUCAUUAUUCAAGAGCGAAUGUUAUGUCACGUAGUAGUAUAUGCCAAUUUUUAUGGGGUUCUGAAACAACACCAACAGUUCGUAUGGAAAUCAAUCAAGCAUUUCAUAAUCAUUAUGAAUACAGAAAUAGAGCUGUAUUUUAUACACGUACUGGUGAGCCAUUUACUUGUGAUUUUACAGUUACACCAAUAAGAAAUGAAAGAUCUGAAGUUGUUCUUUUUCUCUGUUCAUAUCAACAAGUAACACAAGAAUUAAUACAUCCUAAUGUGUAUCAAUCAGGCUUCAAAAUGAAUCAUUCAAAAACUCAUUCUAUACUUUCAUGGGCAUCAGAAUUACCAUUUUCUAAAAGUUAUCUCCAUCUGAGAAAUAAUAUUUUUACUGAAACUGCUGAAAAUGAUGAUGCAGAUCUACAACGUUCCUACUCCAAAGUCAACCUUACUCAAACAAGUAUUUUAAGUGGUUCUCCAGAAGAAAACGAUCCAUAUGAGGAAUCACCUACAUCAACAACUACUUCACAGUCAAUAAGCAAACAUUACCUUAAUAUCACUGGAGCCGUCAGUGCAACCCCAUUAUCUACAUCUUACAGUAAUCAGGAUCUUCUAAAAAAAUCCCAGAUCAAUAUUAAAAGAAAUUCGUAUGAUUCGCCAUCAGAUUUUUAUAGUGAAACCAAACUACAUUAUCCUAAGGAGUACUACCUACCUUCUUAUUGUCAGUCAACAACAUUUGUAGAUGUUCUACAUAAUCCUUCGUGCACUACAAUACCCCAAAACAUCCCUCGUAAAUUUAAUGCAUGUAUUCAUAGAAAUUUGAGUAUAUUGUCAUUACCUCAAAUAAAAUCACAACUGAGAAAAUUCAGUCGAAGAAAAAGUAUAACGAAAACUUCUGAAGAAAUUAAUAAUAAAAGAAUUCAUGAGUUCACAUUAACUUCACCUGCAAAAUCUCCAGUUGUCAGUUACGCUAAAUUACAAUCUACUACUUGUAAUUAUUCACCUAUCAAAACAGACAAAAUUAUAACGGUAAAUGAAAAUAACAAGAAAACUCAUUUUUGGGAAAAUUCUAAUUAUCUACCCUAUUCAACUAUUCUAUCUAAUCAAUCAAAAUGUGAUCAACCUAAAACAGAUAAAAUAAUACAUUCUGAUGAAAUGAAUUCACAACAAAAUAAUUUAACUAAUAUAAAUCAAUUAUCAAGUGCCUUGAAAACAGAAUCAAGAAACAAUAGCACACAAUCAGAUAAUGUACUUAUUGAAAAUAAAAUGAAUAAAACUACCAAUUGUUUCUCAUUUAUUUCACAACGUUUAUCCGAUAAUCGAUCAUAUUCAUAUGGAAAUAUUUCUAAAAGAAUUUGUGAACCAGAUCCAAAAAAAUAUUCUUAUAAACGUCGAAAAUCAUUAGCUUUAAUACAUGGAUUUGGAUUUCGUGGGCGCAAAAUUCAAAAUAGCAAUUCAUCAAAACUUAAUCAACAAAUUAAAAAUUUCAGCGUUAAAAAUGUCCCAGAAUAUAAAAUACAAAAAUUAACGAAAUCAAACUUUGUUCUUCUACAUUAUGGUCUUUUUCAUAUAAUAUGGGACUGGUUACUUUUGAUAUUAACAUUCUACAUAGCAUUUAUUGUACCAUAUAAUGUAACAUUUGAGAGCCAUUCAACGCAUUCUGGUCGAUGUAGAAUUAUUGAUUUAAUGGUAGAAAUUUUUCUAAUUGUUGAUGUUAUAUUAAAUUUUCAUACUACAUAUGUGAAUAAAAAUGGUCAAAUUAUAAAUGAUCGUCAUUUAAUUGCUAAACAUUAUGCUAAAGGAUGGUUAAUAUUAGAUUUAUUAGCUGCUUUACCAGUUGAUUUUAUAUUAAUUAUUUGUCAAAUUACAUCCAUUAUUAAUUUAAAUGAUGUGAAUAUGAAUACGAAUUUAAUUGAUAAAUUAAAUUAUGUAAAUGUUUCAAUAAACGAGACAAAUGGACCACAUUUAUAUUAUAAUGAUAAUAAACAUGAUAUAAGACCUAUAGUGAAUUUUAAUUUGAUAUCAUUGUUACAAAUGAUGAAACUUGCAAGGUUAUUACGUUUAGCUCGUCUUAUACAGAAAAUAAUUAGAUUAUCUCAGUACAGUGUAAUUGUAUUAGGAUUACUUAUGUUUAGUUUUGCAUUAGUAGCACAUUGGUGUGCUUGUAUUUGGUAUAUCAUUGGUUUAUACGAAAUUGAUGGUUCAGAUAUUGGUUGGCUAGAAGAUUUAGCAAGACGAUUAAGGUCUCCUUUUCAUUUAAACAGAUCUGGUGGACCUACAGAAGGAUCUAAAUAUUUUACUGCAUUAUAUUUCACAUGUAGCAGUCUAACAUCCGUAGGAUUUGGUAAUGUUUCAGCAAAUACACUAAAUGAGAAGAUAUUUGCUAUUUGUAUCAUGCUUCUUGGAGCUCUUAUGCAUGCUGCAGUUUUUGGCAAUGUCACUGCUAUUAUACAACGAAUGUAUGCACGUCGAACGACUUUUCAAUCAAAAGUUCAGGAUUUAAAAGAAUUCAUCGAAGUAUAUCGAAUACCUAAAACACUUAAAAGUAGAAUGGAGGAUUUCUUCCAGACAACAUGGGCGAUUAAUCGUGGAAUUGAUGUGCCAGAAGUGUUGAAAAUUUAUCCAGAAGAAUUACAAGGUGACAUUUAUUUACAUUUAAAUCGUGAAGUACUUGGAUUGAAAGUAUUUGAAAAAGCCAGUCGUGAUUGUUUAAAAUCUUUAGCCAUUAAUUUUAAAUUAACAUUUUGUACACCUGGUGAAUAUUUAAUACAUACUGGGGAUAUUCUACGUCGUUUAUAUUUUGUAUCAAACGGAUCAUUAGAAGUUUUAGAAACAGAUGAAGUGGUUGCUUUACUUGGUAAAAAUGAUUGGUUUGGUGCAUUUUUAGAAACCGAUGUACCAAUAAAUGGUACAACUAAUAAUAUAUCUUCAUCAUCGUUCCCAAUUAUACGUUCAAGAUGUGAUGUAAAAUCAUUAACUUAUUGCGAUCUACACUACAUAGAUUUAAUUACAUUAAGCGAAAUAUUAAAUCAACAUCCACGUUUUAAAGCUGAAUUAAAAAGUUAUUUAUACGAAGAUUUAUCAUUCAAUAUACAAGAAGGAGUUGAAAAUUGUCUGUCACAUGAUGUGAUUACUGUUCCAGCUAUUACAUUACAAUUAGCUAAUGAUGAAAAAGAGUGGGAGGAUAGUGAAACUAAAUUGAAUGUUAUUAAAGAUGUAGAAAGUUUGAAACCGCCUAAGUUUAUAUUUGACAAUAAAGGAAGAAGUUGUAGUUUAACAACAUAUGAUGAAGAGUCUGGCCUAUUAAUUCCUCAUGCAAAUGAUCGAUCAAAUUCGGAAAUAUCAAUUACUAAACCAUUAUCAACAAUUACAAAGCCAACAGUAACGGGAGCAAAUCAAAUUGCAUGGCAAUUUAGAUCACCAACUCUUGGGACAAAAUAUUUAUCUCAUUAUCCAAGGCGUUUGCAAUCAACGGAUAAGAUUGUAACAAGACGAAGAUUUUUUCUACUAAAAUCAUCUAAAUCAUCCGGUUGUUCAAGUAAUCUAGACUUGACACAAAAGUCAAAAGAGAAUAAGUCACCACCUUCUAAUUAUAAACCCAUAGAAGAGCUAAAAGAAACUAUGAGUCAUAAAACAUUUACUUGUAAUUUGAAAUCAUUUAGUCCUAAACAAAAUCGUCGUCAUACUAUGCCAACAUUUGAAGCUCAAAAUUCUGAAUCAAAAGCAACAAGUUCUAGUGUGAUGAAUCAAUACCGAAGAUCUGAUCGUCAUACAGAUGAUACAUGGAUAUUUUCAAAUCAUUCAAGUGGAACACAGUCAAAUGACGAAUUAUGUUCAUCAAGCAUUGCAUCAUCACAGUGUUUAUCAUAUAAUUAUGAAAAAACUCCUUUAUUAUCCGGUCAAUGUCUUUCAAUUCCAAAUGUAAAUUUUACAGAAAAUACACAACCACAAAUAGUAUCUAGUAAGCCUAUAUGCGUAUCUAUGCAACUGACACAAUUCAAUUCACUUAAUUGUGAUAUUAAUACAAUUUCAACAUCUAAUUUAUGUUUAUAUACACCAAAUACUUCUCCAGUCAAUUCAAUUUGGUCAUGUACAAAUGAUUACAAUCCUAAUCGAUGUACAUUAUCAAAUCGUGUCUAUCAUUUACAAGGCAGCAAUUUCAAUGAAAUUCAUUUAAUUAAUGAAUUACGUAAUUUAAAUAAUCGUUUAGAAUGUAUAGAAUUACAAUUUACAAAAUUAUUUAAAUUAAUAGAAUCUAAGCAAUUUUUAUAAAUCACAACAAAAACAACAACAACAAAAUUCCAAUUUCAUCAGUUUUAUUUAUAUUUUCGUCUUUAUUAUUAUUAUUUUUGUUUGUUUGUUUCUAGAUUUUGUCUAUGUUUCAUUAGCCAUAGCAACAACCUUGAAAAAAACAACACAAAAAAAUGAUUAUUUACUUAGCAUAAUAUGAACUAGAGAAAGAAAAGAAAAACGAUUCAUCAUAAACAAAUAUAAUUCAGGUUCAUAUAAAUGAAUAGUCGUAUUAGAUUUUCAAUAGUUUGUUAUGUAAUGACUAUGACUACAUAUCAAUAUAAUCUAAAGUGAAUUCAAAUAUAAGUUAUAUACGAUCAGGGAAAUUAUUUUAAUGACUUUAUUGAUUAAUUUAUAUCCUAAUAUGUUAUAUGAAUUGAAUCGGUUCGUUUUUGUUGUUGUUGUUGGGGGGUGGAGUUUGUUUUAAUGAUUCAGAUAAUCAGUAUAUUUCAUUGAUAAAUAAUAAAUAACAAAAUAUACAUAUAAACAAUAUUAUACUGUAUUAUGUUAGAUAUUAGAAUAAAAGUUAAUAUAUAUUAAUCAUUUAUGAUGUAAUUGUAUAUACCUUUUUAGUCGCUAAGUGAUUUCAUAAUAUUUGCAUGAUUUAAAAUAAUUACCAUGGAUAAAUAUAUUAUUUUUCUCUUCUUUUUUUCCUAAAAAUAAUCUUUGAAACAUCACAAAUGAUUCACAUUUUUAUGUUAAUUUAUAAUUAAUAGUCAUGUACAUCUAGUUUUCCAUUGUAAAUAAAAUAGAUUAAGAUUUUAGUGUAUUUUUUUAAAUUUUGGUUGACAAUAGAAUCUUUCUAUCUGAGACUUAUCAGCUGGAUGUAACUUCAGACACUGUUAUGCGAAAACCAAAAGUAAUACAAUAAUAAUCUUGAGGAAACUGAUGCUUCUUGACGGAUUCGAUCUGAUACAUAUGGUAUUGAUCAACAUUCAAUGAUUAAUCAAUUGUGAUUACAUCUCAGUUCUAUAGGAACUCAGUUACGGCUCAGAUAGCCCAGUGAUAACUUUUCUGACUGUGAAGCUGAGUGACAUGAGUUGACUCUUCAAAACUUUGUUAACACAAUAUUUAAAAUGCAUUCAGAAUGCGUAUUUAAAAGACUAAGUAACCUACUGAAUAUUCUACGGUUUAUAAAUAUCUGAUAUGUGAAAAACAAUUCAAACAAGAAAUGAUUUACUUGAGCCAAAACUCAGACAAUGUUAUGUUGAUAUUUUUAAUUAUCUUAGCAACAUAUCGUUUAAUCUGAUACGAACUCCUAACUGUUUCACUCUAAAAAGCUUUUUGAAAUGUAUAUGAUGUGAUACUUCAAAUAAGAAACAACUUAAACAUAGUAUACUUCAAUAUAUUAACAAAAUAUGUAGUGCUAAACACGACAAAAAGACGCGUAAUCUGCUUAGUUUCCUUUUUUCAAUCGAAAAUCUCAGCUUCAUCUUGAAAUUGAUCUAGCUGAUUAGUAUAGUUAAUUUGUGUGACUAUCAACAUAUAAUUUCGGUUAGCGAUUUCUGCUGCUUUUUCAAAAGUAGAUUUCAAUAAUUUUUGUUUAAAUAAUUUCAAGAUUACAAGUACACCUUGCUGACGAGUGCUAAAUAGCACAAAACCCACGAUUUUCUGCUGACUAUCUUUAACCAUCAUCUUCUGACUGUAAAACUAAUUCUGAAUAAAUGUUUUCUCUCUCUCAAAUAUUCAUCAGUAUAAUAAUCUCCAGGUAAUUGUUAGUAAUAUAUAGUUUUCUUUUUCUGAAAACUUUUUUCAAGUUUUAAUAUUUGAAUUGUACGGUAGUGAACAGAACACGGGUGGGAACAAUCAAAUGUAUUUAACACAAAAUUACAG